AUGCCCGACCCAAGAAUUGAGCACCUAGAAGACUUUACCGCACACGAAUGGUGCAAUGCUCUGAUCUUCGAUCCCUCAAUAACGCGCGUCCACAAACGUCAUGUCUUCGGCAAGGGAGACGAAUGGAACUCUCUCUUCACCCGCAGUCUCUUCACCAACGAUGCCAUUCGCGCCUUCCUCAACUUGUACAAACCUGGCAAAGGGCAGAGAAGAGCAGUAAACCGGAACAGCAUAGUCACAGGCGAGCCACCGAAACUCAGGAACGUUGCGCCGAGCGACUACGACAAGGAGUUACGCAGACGAACGGCAAAGGAGGAUGUACAACACGACCUCACAGACCCAGAAGCGCCUGAGAAUACCGUGUUAGUCUCCAUGGGUGGUGAGCUUGAUGGUGGUAUUGGGCGUCUUCACGGCGGCGUCACUGCAUCCUUGCUAGAUCAGGCUAUGGGCUCGCUGUUGAUGCACUACUACGAAAGUAGCAAUGCGACUACAGAGUUGAGGGUCAAGUACCUGAAGGCUGUCGAAACGCCUUGCAUACUGAAGGCCCCACCUCCAUCUCCUCCACAACCAGCCGCCCUCUUGACCACCUCAAGCAUCCUCGCUGCUUCACUCAAGUCUUCUUUCCCGGAUCAAGGUCUAGCAUUAUUACCCCAACCGUACUGGUGGUGGCAGUCCGGAACUGCGGUCGAAGCGCUUCUCAACUAUGGUCCAACAACAGGAGAUUGGCAGUAUGAGGAGAUGCUAAAGAACACGAUCGUGACUCAAGCGACAGCAACAAACGACUUCAUGACCAUCGAUGCCACCGGCAACGAUGAUCAGGCAUGGUGGGCGCUCGCUGCCCUGACAGCCGCCGAGAACAGAGUACCGCAACUAGGAGGCAUAGCUUGGGUCGACCUAGCAAGAAACGUCUUCAACGAGCAAAGACAGCGCUAUGAAGACGGUGCAAACACGUGCGGAGGCGGACUACGCUGGAAGAUUGACUACGAAGACGGAAACAACGGAUGGCACUACAAGAACGCCAUUACAAACGGAUUAUUCUUUCAACUCGCCGCCCGUCUCGCCCAUCUCACAAAUGACACAGAGAGUUUGGCCUGGGCUGAGAAGACGUAUGCUUGGAGCACGAAAGUCGGACUCGUGGACAAAGAUUUCAAUGUCUACGAUGGGACAGAUGAAGAGAAUGGAUGUUCGGAUCUGAACCACAACCAGUGGAGUUAUAAUGUUGGAGUUUACCUUUAUGGCUCUGCUGUUAUGGCAGUCCAUACCAAAGACGACAAAUGGAUCGACCGAACCCGCGGUUUUAUUGCUUCUGCGAAGCGGACUUUUACUUCACCAGAUACUAGCGCUUUGUUUGAAUCAAAAUGCGAAGGCAAGGAUAUAGAUGAUGGAGGUUGCGACACGGAUCAGGUUUCUUUCAAGGGUUUGUUAGCACGCUGGUUAGGUGCUGCGGCAGAAAUCUUACCAGAGGUCAAGGAAGAUGUUGAGAAAAUUAUCAAUGCGGCUGCAACUGCGGUUCAAGAUGGAGAAAAGACAGAUUUGGGGCCUAUCGAAAGCUUUAAUGCUCUAGAGGUUGUUGACGCGAGUCUGAGAAUGCAAGGAUUAGGUGGUGUGGAGGGCGUCAUAGGGUUAGGAAAGGCAAGAACAAAGAGGAGCGUUGCUGGCAGGAUAUCAUGGUGA